ACUGCUACGAUUAACAUUGAUUGCAUGCUUCCUUUGUCGACUAUAGCCUAGGCUACGAAUCCUAAAGCCUUUGCGUUGUCUUUCACAGCAAUGUGUCUCAUAGGUCUACAAAUAGUCAUCCUACAACUAGCAGGCGUUGCUACAGCUGGCGUGAAAUUCUCAGUUUUGGUCAGCAAUGCUACAGUCUCAUUUGGGGACUCGGUCACUCUGCCGUGCUGGCUCUCCCCCACUACGGAUGCCGAGGGGAUGGAGGUGCGCUGGUACCGAAGCAACAGCUACAACACACCUGUGCUGCUCUACCGUGACCAAAAAACCCAGAGCUCUAUUCAAAACCGCACUAGGCUUAUGCCCCGUGAGCCAUCCAGUAGCCUUAAACAAGGGGAUGUGUCAAUACAAAUUGAAAAUGUCAAUCUGAAGGACGCCGGGAAGUAUACGUGCUAUGUGAGCAGCAGUGAGCACUAUGACAGUGAUGCAGUCUUUCUCAAAGUAGAGGUGAUCGGGGCCCCUCCGAUCCUGUCUCUAUCAAGGCUUGAAGAUGACCGGAUGAACGUGAGCUGCAUGUCCACCGGAUGGCAUCCGGCUCCCCAGCUCCAGUGGUCUCUGGGGGCCCAAGAAGCACUCCAGCCUGGGCGCCACUCUCACUUCCGGGUGGACGAUGGUCUGUUCACUGUGCUGAGCUGGGUGGUCCUCCCCUCCUCAGAGUCCCGGUGGAUCUCCUGCUCUGUGUUUCUGCCCAGCAAGAAAAGGGACCUGAAGGAGGCCAGGGUGGACAUGAACAUCAACUUACAGCCUGCAGAUUCAGGUGGAUCAUCUUGGAUGGUAGCUUUCAUCAUAGCCCUGCUGGCAAUAAUAGGACUGACUACCUAUCUAUUAUACAUGAAGAUGAAAACGAAAAAAGCAACAGCAAAUAUUCCCCUAGGAAUAGCAGAGGAAAAGACAACCCUGUUAAAAGAAGCUCCGGAGCUUGCAUACUCUGAGGACAUGAAAAAUCAUGCAGUGGACAUCGUUGUUAACAAGGAUGCAGCUCCAGCUUGUUUGAAAGUUGGUAAAGAUGGUAAAAUGAUGAGGGACAGUGGUGACCCAGCUACUGACUAUGAACUAUGUAUCCUGGGAAGCCAAAACUUCUCUAGUGGACAGCACUACUGGGAGGUGGGAUUAAAAAAGGAGAACACUGAAGUCAAGAGCUUCUGGUGGGUUGGAGUGGCAACAGACUCAGCAGUACAGACGAUGAGGGAGCAGAAGUCCAUGCCAACCAGUGGCCUGUGGUGCCUGUACUCAGACAACAAGCACGGAGUCCACACCAAAUCAGGAUCUUCUCACUACAUCUCUAUGGCAUCUAGACCUGAGGUAGUAGGCAUCUUCCUUGAUUAUGACAAUGGCCGGCUUUCCUUCUAUGAUACAAAAUUGCGCCAUCAUCUUGUUACCAUUAAAUAUUUCUUUAGGGAAAUGGUGUAUCCUCUUUUCAAUCCUAGCAAAGGGGAUAAAGCAGCACUUUAUAUUUUAUCAUUGCCUUUUGCCACACCUGAAGUUAAUAGCACAGCAGCAACUGCUAUUGAAACAUGAUGCCAUGUAAAAUAAUGUAUAAUUUGCCUGGCAAAGCCAAAUCAUACAGUUGAAAUUGUAAAACGAUUAUUCAGCCUUUUGGCUAUACAUAAGUAAAUCUAACCCAGAUCAGCUUAACACUUAAAUAUUACAUCUUCAGGAAUUGUAUGCUAUUUAAGAUGAUUGUGAAUCAGAUUAAUAUUUAGAAUCAAGCCUGCCUGCCAAAAAUAUAACUAAUUUUACCACAUUUAAAACACUUGCUUACUAAAUAAACCAAAUUAAAACAAA